GCAUCGGAUACUAAAUUUCGCCGCCCAUAAAAAACCAGCCAACAACUUGCACCUAAUGACACGUCAUCAAGCCACGUGUCGAAAACUUAGUGGGGAAGAUUUCGACCCCUCUUGCUAUAAAAACGACCCUUCUCACCUUCAUCAUUUCACAGUUCAAUUUCAAACGAACAAAUUCAAUCCAUUUCUUCGUGACCUAACUUCUCCUCAAGAUGCAAAUAUUCGUGAAAACCCUCACCGGAAAGACCAUCACUCUCGAGGUUGAGAGUUCCGACACCAUCGAUAACGUCAAAGCUAAGAUCCAGGAUAAGGAAGGAAUUCCCCCGGACCAGCAACGUCUGAUCUUCGCCGGAAAGCAACUUGAGGACGGCCGUACUCUCGCUGACUACAACAUCCAGAAGGAGUCCACCCUUCAUCUUGUCCUUCGUCUCCGUGGAGGUAUGCAGAUCUUUGUUAAGACCCUCACCGGCAAAACCAUCACCCUCGAGGUUGAAAGCUCCGACACUAUUGACAACGUGAAAGCUAAGAUCCAAGACAAGGAAGGAAUCCCACCGGAUCAGCAGAGGUUGAUCUUUGCCGGAAAGCAGCUCGAGGAUGGAAGGACCCUAGCUGACUACAACAUCCAGAAGGAAUCAACCCUUCACCUUGUGUUGCGUCUUCGUGGUGGUAUGCAAAUUUUCGUCAAGACUCUUACUGGUAAAACUAUUACCCUUGAGGUGGAGAGCUCAGACACCAUUGACAACGUCAAGGCCAAGAUCCAAGACAAGGAAGGAAUCCCACCUGACCAGCAGAGGUUGAUCUUCGCCGGUAAGCAGUUGGAAGAUGGAAGGACUCUUGCGGAUUACAAUAUCCAGAAGGAGUCCACCCUUCACCUUGUGCUGCGUCUUCGUGGUGGUAUGCAGAUAUUUGUGAAGACCUUGACUGGUAAGACCAUCACCCUGGAGGUGGAGAGCUCUGAUACUAUUGAUAAUGUGAAGGCGAAAAUUCAGGACAAGGAAGGUAUCCCACCGGAUCAGCAGAGGUUGAUCUUUGCCGGGAAGCAGUUGGAGGAUGGAAGGACCCUUGCUGACUACAACAUUCAGAAGGAGAGUACCCUUCACCUUGUGCUCCGUCUUCGUGGUGGGUUUUGAGCUGUUUGUGUUAUGUUGUGUUUGUGAUCUUGGUUAUUUUGAAAUGGAAGUUGUGAACUGAUGAUCUUUUUGGGUCCUAUAUUGAGGCCCCCUAGAAUAAAUUCGAUUUUAUGUACUGUUAUCAUAUGGUUGUGAAUAAUUAGUAUUUUGCCUUUGUAA